GAAGAGACAGAAUCAACAUCAACUACAGAUGAAGAGACAGACCCACAGAACAGAGAUCAGAGGAAGAGAACAGACAGAAGUCAUGUCCAAAGUGUGGACAGCUCUCACAUGUUAGAAGGUCAGUGUGACUCUAAUGUUAGAAAAAAUCCCAAGAAGACAAAUCUGGGUAAGAAAUACAAUAAAUCUCCAAAACAAGAGAGACUUUCCUCUAUCAUGUCUGUUAUAAACUCAAGAAUAAUUAGUACCCUGUCUGACUACGUGGCAACUGGGUCUGAAGAAAGACGUUAUAUCUGUAAAGAAUGUGGUAAAAGCUUUUGUAACAAAUCUCUGUUCAGAAUUCACACAAGAAUCCAUGUACAAGAUAAUCAAUUUUCUUGUAAAGAAUGUGAUAAAAGCUUUAGUCACACAUCUAGUCUCAAAACACACAUGAGAACUCACACAGGAGAAAAGCCUUUUUCUUGUAAAGAAUGUAAGAACAGUUUUAGUCGUAUAUCUACUCUCAAAGCCCACAUGAGAACUCAUACAGGAGAAAAGCCUUUUUCUUGUAAAGAAUGUAAUAAAAGCUUUAGUCGUAUAUUUCAUCUCAAAGCACACAUGAGAAUUCACACGGGAGAAAAGCCUUUUUCUUGUAAAGAAUGUGAUACACGUUUUAGUGAAAUAUCUAGUCUCAAAAGACACAUGAGAACUCACACAGAAGAGAAGCCUUUUUCUUGUAAAGAAUGUAAAAAAAGUUUUAAUCAAAUAUCUAAUCUCAAAACACACAUGAGAACUCACACAGGAGAAAAGCCUUUUUCUUGUAAAGAAUGUGACAAAAGUUUUAAUCAAAUAUCUACUCUCAAAACACACAUGAGAACUCAUACAGGAGAAAGGCCUUUUUCUUGUAAAGAAUGUGAUAAAAGAUUUAGUCGUGUAUCUAAUCUUAAAGCACACAUGAGAACUCACACAGGAGAAAAGCCUUUUUCUUGUAAAGAAUGUAAAAAAUGUUUUAGUCAACUAUCUAGUGUCAACGCACACAUGAGAACUCACACUGGAGAAAAGCCUUUUUCUUGUAAAGAAUGUAAAAAAAGUUUUAAUCAUGUAUCUAAUCUCAAAACACACAUGAGAACUUGUAAGACUUUUUCUUGACAAUGUAAGGAUUUAGUGCAAACUCUAAAUUCUAAACUUUUCUGAUAAGAUGUCGACCUCUCAACCCUUGUAUCACAGCAUAGGACUUUAUUUUACAGGGGAAAAAGUUCUGUAUCUCAGAAAAAAUAAAUUUUUUUAAAUAAGUUUUUAAUGCUUAAAACUUCUGAGGGGAAACCCCAAUGUUCUAAUGAACUCCAUAGCAACCUGAGCUUUCAUUUCAUGUUCACAGAGCCACAGGCUGAUGGCCUCCAUACCAUAUUGAUUAUUCAUUAGAGGGAGGCACAAGUGAGUAUUGAAUGUAUAUAUGAUUUUUUUCUAAAAAAAAAAAAAAGCGUUGGUUGUUUUGAUAUAUGAAUCACUACAGGACGUUCUUUGUCCCAACAGCAGUUAGAUUAUAGAAUGACAGUUUAGGACUGCUGAAACUGCUGCUGUAUUUACUUAUUUAUUUAUGACGUGUACUUUUACUUCCCCUUUUUAUUACUACUGUGUUUUAAUUUUUACUGACUAUUUGUUUUUCUAACUGCUAUAUUUCUUGUUUGGCUGCUGUAACAACUGAAUUUCCCCCCGGGGAUCAAUAAAGUCUUGUCUUGUCUUAUCCUGACUUUCUAGAACAGCUUUUUUAGGUUUUCAUCUUCUCCAACCCACAAUUAUCAAAAGUAAAAAAGUAAAGGAUCAAUACAUUUCAAUCUAUGUGUAAUGAUACUAGAUAAUGAGUUUCACUGCUGACAAAAUAUGUAAAACUUUUUUCACAAAAUAAAUUAUUUCAGAUGUACAUGUUAAUAGAAAUGACUUGUUUUGAAUUAUUAGAGUUAACAUCUAGUAGAGGUAGGUAUUGUUAAGAUUGUAUCUAUUAACUCAUCUUAAUCUGCUGCUUUUCACUCUGGUACUUUAUUGGUAUUCUCGUGGAUAUUUUCUGGUGUAAGUUUUUACUAAAAUAAAAUGAUCAAUAGAUACCAAUGUGUAUUUGUAGGUAAUGAAGAAAAAUGAGAAAUCUGUCGCUUUGAGAUUUCUUCCAUGCGUGUUCGUAUGUCGGGAAAAUGACCAGAAAAUGCGAACGGAAUAAAAUUAAGAGGUUUUAUUUCCCUAACAAAGAGCUCUAAACA